CGCAAGCGUCGCCGCCGCCGCCGCCGCCGCCGUCGCGUGCGCAUCGCGACUCGUGAUAAUUGUUUAGUGCUGUGCGUCUGCUUGUUCCGUACUCGGUUGCACUCAGCUGUCACUCUCGCCCGCACACAUGGACCUGAGUCAGGCGACACACAGCCGCGCGUCGACACGUCUGCCUCGAGUCCGGCUCGACAAUUAAUAUCGCUACUUGAUACGCCCUAUUGAACUGGGUAACGGUGAAAGUGAUCAGUGAGUGGGUGGGACCCUUUGUAAUCUAACUCCUCGUCGCAAGUCGCGGCAUCGGCGUCGUGCGCGCCCUCUACACCUCAACUGGACACCCGCCACGCACUGAACUCUGAAGCGGCUUUACCGCACCUGCUGAUUCAUCCCGAAUGAAACAAAAGUUGAGAAUCUAUUAGUAAGUUUGGGAAAACUAUAAUGUGCCCACUGAGAGAACUGUGAAUAGUUUCCCAACAAAACCAUAAUUAAUAUCACAGUUUUAAAUUUACACAUGUAAAAGAUAAAAACAAUGAGUUAUUACCGUAAACAAAUUGUAGUGUCGAGUGAAUUGUUUUAUGUGGUGCGAGUUGCUCACUAGUGGUGUAGCCGAGUGUGCCCCGUAUGACAUUUAGUGGCGCCGCCAGCUGCUGCCACGGUCAUGCCACUGUGUCUACUCAACGUACGACAACGAUAUGCUAUGCGUCGGCGCGAGUCGCCGUGCCUGGCGUACCCGGCGGCUCGGGUACACCGCCUGCUGCGUACAGCGUACGCGCCCCCCUCGCCCCCCACACCGCCCACGCCACCAUCGCCACCAGCGCUGACCAGACCGGCCAGACCUAGCAGGCCCACCGUCAUCACCGUGUCCGGCCGCGGUGACGUCAGCAGCUUCUUCAACACGCAGAUGGUGCUCGACCUUAACGAAGAAUCACAACUCAUCAAGUCGCCGUCGCCGCCGCCCAGCCACGACGGGUCGAGCGGUGACGGCGAAAUCAGCGGCGACGACCGCGCGCCCUCUCCGCCGCGCGCGCCCUCCGCGCCCCUCCCGCACGCCGCGCACCCGCCGCACGCCGCGCACGCCGCCGCCUCCGCCGCCACCGCCGCCGUCUUCACGGCAGCCGGUGCUGGCAGUGCGCUGGCACAACUCCAGCAUUUGCUGCUAACUCCUCAUGGCGCGCACUCGCUGCUGCUGCACACGCAGGUGCAGCAAGCCGUAGCCCAAGCGGCAGCGCAGCAGCUACAACAAUUACAAGCGCGAGCCAAUGCCGCACCUAACUCCUCUAGUGUGAUCCGUGGGUCCCUGGCAGACGGCAGGUCGCCGUCGCCGCGGCACACGCCGCCGGGCGCGGGCGCGUUCCUGACGCCGCACACGCCGGGCUCGGGCCGCGCGCGCUCGCCGCACCACGCGCACGCGCACCACCAUGCGCACACACCGCUGCACGCGCACGCGCACAAGCCGCGCGCGCUCGAGCCCGCCGCCGACGACACUGCUGACCUCGAGGAGCUCGAGCACUUCGCGAAAACAUUCAAGCAGCGGCGCAUCAAGCUCGGUUUCACUCAGGGCGAUGUCGGUCUCGCGAUGGGCAAGCUGUACGGCAACGACUUCUCACAGACGACGAUAUCCAGGUUCGAAGCGCUCAACCUCAGCUUCAAAAAUAUGUGCAAACUCAAGCCUCUGCUGCAGAAGUGGCUCGAGGACGCGGACUCGUCGCUGUCGGGCGGCGGUGGCGGCGGCGCCGGAGGCACGGGGCUGGGCGCCGGACUCGCGGAAGCUGUCGGCCGGCGCCGCAAGAAGCGCACCUCCAUCGAGUCGGGUGUGCGGGUCGCACUCGAAAAGGCGUUCCUGCACAACCCCAAACCGACCAGCGAAGAGAUCGCCGCGCUUGCCGACGCGCUCUGCAUGGAAAAAGAAGUCGUGCGCGUCUGGUUUUGCAAUCGUCGGCAAAAGGAAAAGCGCAUCAACCCGCCGGCGGGCGAGGGCGGCGUAGGCGCGGGCGGCGCGGGCGGGCUGCUGCCGCCGCUGGCGCCGCACGCGCACCAACACGGGCACGCGCUGCACGCGGCGGCGCUGCAGCCGUUGCAGCCGCUGCAGCCGCUGCAACCGCUGGCACUGCUGGCGCGCGCGCCGCCGCGCGACUGACGAGCGCGCGCGCCGCCGCCCCCCACACAUAUCGUCUCGUUGUAAAUAGCGGCGCGCAGCCGUCCGCCGCCCGCCCCGCAAUAAUGACGCCGCGGCGUCGCGUGUACAGACUAGUAGAUUAGAGUGUAUAUAGGUGUAUAUGCGAGGAGGCCGCUCGCCGGCUCCGUGUCUGUAAAUUAGCAAGUAAGUUUAUAUAAUUAUGUGAAUCUUUAUUUAUGUUCGAUCGAGGACGGAUGGUCGCGCGCCCCCGCCCCCGCCCCUCGCCCCCCUGAGGCCACCCCCAUAUCAGGGGGCGCGCGACGCGUAUGUGACGUGAAUGUGUAGAACACUAUCUAUAUGUUACAAUAAAACAUGAUAGACGACAA